AUGGCUCAGGGAUCGUAUGAGUAUGUGUUUCACACAAUACUGCUUGGCUAUGAUGGUUAUUCAGAGAUAAAGCUUCUUUUCAAAAUUCGCGAUGAGGACUUUAUAGAAAAAAGAAUAGAAAUUGAUGGGAAGAUAAUUCAACUUUGUAUUUGGUAUCUCAAGGAUGACGUAGACCUCAGCUCUUGGUUAACCCCCAAACAAUAUUAUAGAAAUUUCAAGGGAUUCUUGCUGACUUAUGACAUCACAAGUCACGAAUCAUUUGAAAAUGUGUGUUCUUUAUGGAGGACAAUAAACAAUGAGUAUGCCGACCUAGAUGCUGAAGUUAUGUUGAUUGGAAGUAAUUGCCAGAAGAAGGAUGAAAGAGAAGUACCAACAGAAAAAGCGGCUAAGUUUGCAGAUGAAUUCGGAAUGAAGUUCAUGGAAGUCAGUACUGAAGAGGAUCAUAAUAUAGAUAAGGCGUUUUUUACCUUUGCCAGUGGUGUUCUAAGAAGAUUUCCAAAACAUGAAAAGGAGAUUCCCGAGCAACAGCCCUCACUGACCAAAAGAUUUAUUAACUCUGUGAGAAAGUUUGUCGGUUUUGAAAGCAAAAAUGUGACGAUAUUUUUAACUGGAUAA